GAUGGUUUCACCUCGCGCUCUCGAUGAACAAAAUUCAUCAGAAACACUUUAGAUACGCGGAAGUCUCCGGGCCAGACUCUAGUCGAGAGUUGGAGUCUCAACCAGGGAGCUGCUUGUCACGGAGCAUUUGUAACGGACGUAAACAGACCCAGGCAGGGGAAGGAAAUGAGGCAGUCAGGGCAUUGUUUCAUUUCUGCCAUUUACAGGGAAUGCCUUCAAAAUGAAUCCUGCCGAGGAGAUUGAAACGUCUCUCAUUAGGCCGGAGUUGCCAGCUUCAUCCUGCCUGUCCAUGAGAAGUGAUGCGUCCAAAAAUAUCAUUAUUGAAUUCAGCAGAGACGCAGCAAAGAGUCCAGUCAAAUGUGACAAAUCCGACUUGCCUGCUUCGUCCUGCAUGUCUCUAAAAAGUGAUGCCUACAUGAACAUCAUUCAUACGUGUAACAAGAAUGCCAUUAACAGUUCAAUCACUAAUGAGAAAACAAACUCUCCUGCCUCAGCCUGCCUGUCCAUGAAAAGUAAUGCCUCCAUAAAUAUUUUUCAUGACUUCACCAAAGAAGCAACUGCAAGUCCAGUCACAUUUGAAAAAUCAGACUCCUGCUUGUCCCUGAAAAGCGACGCCUCCAUAAAUAUUCUUUAUGACUUCAGCAAAGAUGUAGCUAACAGGGGCCACCCUAGCUGUCUAGAGUCUAAGAGCAUGGAUGGAGCCACCAUAUUUCAGUUGGUGGAAGAACAUGCCAAGAACAUUUUGCUUCAUGAGCUGAAACGGUUUAAAAGGAUGCUCUUUCCAAACCUUCCACCGUCUUCUGAAAGUGACAAGAAGAAUCAUGACAGUCUGAGCACUGAAGAUACAGGGGAGGACACCAAUGCCAGUGAAGGGGCUCUGAAGAUAACACUACACGUCUUGAAGAAACUUGGCAAAAAACAGCUAGCAAACACACUUGAGAAAAACAUCUACGGCGAGCUUGAUGUAUGUCAGCGCAAACUCAGACGCAAACUGAAAAAGUUUGAAUAUAUUUAUGAGGGAAUGGCACAACAUGGAAACCAGACACUUCUGAACAAGGUGUACACUGAGCUCUACAUAACAGAGGGAGUCUGUGGAGGUGUUAACAAUGAACAUGAGGUCAGACAGGUUGAGGCUGCAAUGAGGAGACGGGCAACAGAAGAUAAGCCAAUCAAACUUAAAGACAUCUUUGAGCCCCUGCCAGAACAAGACAUGAUCAUCCGAACUGUGCUGACUAAAGGUAUUGCUGGUAUUGGAAAAACCAUAUCUGUGCAGAAGUUCAACCUUGAGUGGGCUGAGGGAAGAGUCAACCAGGAUAUCCAGCUUCUGUUGAAUCUUCCAUUCCGAGAGCUCAAUCUGAUGACGGAGAAACGCUACACACUGACACAGCUUCUAUAUCAUUUCCUUGCGGAGGAAAAGGAAUCAGGAAUUUCAAAUUUUGGAAAGUACAAACUUGCUCUGAUUUUUGAUGGGUUGGAUGAGUGUCGGCUCCCCUUGGACUUUGACCACAAUGAGCCCUGCUACAGCGUCUCAGAGCCGACUUCGGUAGAUGUUCUGCUAACAAACCUCAUCAAGGGGAACCUGCUGCCUUCUGCACACAUCUGGAUCACCUCCAGGCCUGCUGCUGCAAAUCGCAUCCCAGCUGAUCUGGUGAACCGUGUGACGGAGAUACGAGGGUUCAACAACCCCCAAAAGGAAGAGUACUUCAGGAAGAAAAUCUCUGAUCAAGACAUGGCCAGGAAGGUCAUCUCACACGUGAAGUCCAUCAGGAGCCUCCAUAUCAUGUGUCACAUACCAGUCUUUAGCUGGAUUUCUGCCACUGUUCUGCAGAAUAUUUUAGAGGAAACAGAAAGCCCCAAAGUGGAGAAUGGAAGCAGAGGAGAAAUGCCUGAGACUCUAACUCAAAUGUACGCACAUUUCCUGGUGUACAACUCAAUGCUCCGGUUGAGGAAGUACUCAACAGGAAAGGAGGCAUCUGAGAUAGAGUCCCAGAACAAAACGGACGAAGAGAUGAUCUUGAAGCUUGGGAAACUUGCCUUUGAGCACCUGAUGAAAGGCAACAUGAUCUUCUAUGAGAAUGAACUGCAUGAGUACAACAUCAGCGUCAAAGACGCUGCAAUAUUUUCAGGAGUGUUCACACAGGUCUCAAAGGAUGACUUUGGACUACAUCCAGAGAGAGUGUAUUGCUUUGUCCAUCUCAGCAUACAGGAGUUCUUUGCGGCGAUGUAUGCUUUCCACAGAUUCGUCUGCUUCAACCAGAACCUGCUGGAUCCCCAAGAACCAACCACAGUCCAGGAGUCUCCCAGUGAAGUGACCAGCCUUCUCCAGAGCGCAGUGGAUAAAGCCUUGCAGAGCAACAACGGACACCUGGAUCUGUUUCUCCGCUUCCUUCUAGGCCUCUCACAGACGACCAAUCAGGCUUUGUUAAAGAAAGUCCUGACCAAAAUGAAAACCAGCUCACCAGGUAAUGAUGCAAUCAUUGAGUACAUCAAGGCAAAGAUUCAUCAAACUCCCUCGCCAGAAAGAUGCAUCAAUCUCUUCCACUGCCUCAGUGAGCUGAACGAUCAGUCUCUGUUGGAGGAGAUCCAGCACUACCUGAACUCUGGUAGUCUGUCAGAGACCACCCUGUCACCUUCACAGUGGUCUGCUCUGGUCUUCAUGUUGCUGACCUCCAAGGAAGAGUUGGAUGAGUUUGACCUGAGGGAAUACUCACGAUCAGAGGAGGGUCUUCUGAGGCUGUUACCAGUGAUCAAAGAAUCCAGAGUCGCAUUGCUCAAAGAAUGCAACCUCACAGACAACUGCUGCAAAGCCCUCGGAGAACUUCUAAGUGAAUCCUGUCUGAAAGAGCUUGACCUGAGUGACAACGAUCUUCAGGACUCAGGAUUAGAACUGUUGUCAGCUGGGAUGGCAAGUCCAACAUGUCAGCUGGAAAAACUGAGGAUGCGCUUUUGUGGAAUAACAGAAACUGGUUGUGACUUUUUGUCCGGAGCUCUGAGGUCCAAUCCAAACCAUCUGAAGGAACUGGAUUUGAGUUUCAACCACCCAGGGCAACGAGGGACGGAGCUCUUGUCUUCUGUGCAGGAGGACAUAAAGCACCUCGACGUCAGCUUGACCAACAAUGGAGAGUGCUACUUAAAAUCAUCUCUGAGGAAAUAUGCCUGCCACCUUACAAUGGAUGUGAACACCGCCCAUGUGCACCUGUCUUUUUCUGAAGGUCAGCAAAAAAUGGCUCACGUGGUGACAGCACAGUCGUAUCCUGACAGUCCAGAGCGGUUUACAGGCUGGGGACAGGUUCUCUGUAAAGAGGGUCUGUCUAGUCGUUGCUACUGGGAGGUGGAGUGGACGGGGGAACACACAGGUAUCGGGGUGGCUUAUAAACAAAUCAGCAGGACAGGAAAAGGUAACGAGUCAGUCCUUGGCUACAACACUGAGUCCUGGAAUCUGCGCUACUGCAAAGGCAAAUACACCGCCUGGCACAACAGGGAUAAUGCAACCACAUCAGUCCCCUACUUUAACUCCAAAAGGGUUGGAGUGUUUCUGGACUGGUCAGCUGGGACUCUGUCUUUCUACGCUGUAUCAUCAAACACCAUGACUCACCUUCAUACUUUCCAUGUUAAAUUUUCAGAGCCAUUGUAUCCAGGCUUCAGGCUAGGAGAGCCAGAUACUUCACUGAAUCUGUGCCAGCUAUAAUACCCUGACAUUUUGUCAACACGUUGUAAGAAUACAUCAGGACAAAAAAGCUACAUAUGCUAACAUUUUGGGGAUUUUGCUUGAAUGUGCUUUUUUCAUCUUUAGAAGAAGUCAGCCUCUUGUAAAUAAGUUUUUCUGCUAAGUUACAAUCUGAAGAACUCGCCUAAGGUGAUUCAUGUGUAUAAUGAUGUUGAAAACAUCUGACUUGAGAAGUCAAUUCAAGCAUACUUUUAGUUUUACUUACCCUCAAAAGGUCAAAUCUUCAGAUGCAGCGGAUGAGUGAAGUCGGGAAAAACUGUGGAGUUUACCUUGAAAAAGUCUCACAUACUGAGGUUGAAGCCGCAUCUAGUUGUAUCCUCUCUUUCUCUAUUACACAUAAACAGCAUCAGCAUCAACAGCCAUCUUUGUCAUCUAGAGGUCCAUGGAGAGGCAUAUUUCCUGCUCAUUCAUUUGCUUUUUAAUAGAGGGGAGGGGAGAAGGGGGGCGAAGUUGAGGAUUCUGCUCGUGGUUGUGCUCUCACUGUGAAGUUUGAGCAGUCGUCUGACCAAAAUAUCAAACACGUCAGAAAUCCAUCCGACCUGUCGGGAGCCAGGUCAUGGUCGACCCGUGUAUCCUCCUGUACACAGCACAACAAAUGAUGCAUGAUCUGACUGUAAUGCAACUCAAAAUGUUUGAACUGGAUGAAAUUCGUACAGUGUAUGUCCAGCUUAACACCUUUGCACUGAUAAAACCCUCAGGAUUAUCUAAAAAGCUAGAAUAGAUAAAAAGGCACUUUAUCCCAACAAAAAACAGAUAUAUUACACAAACAUGCACUAAAUAUUCCGCACUACAGACUGUAUUAACCCUUCCUUGGACACUCACUGGAUUCAGUUUAAACCUUACAAUAUUAUCAGUGGACAUUCAAAGACUUUUUUGUCACUUGGUUGGUUCCAUACAGUAUAGUGGUUAAUCAUGAUCAGGGUGGAAAGUAACUGAUUACAUUUACUCAAAUUACUGCAAUUGUUUUUUUUUACUUGUACUUUUUUGAGUAGUUUUUAAAACCACUUCUUUUACUUUUCCUUGAGUAUAUUUUGGAAGAAGUAUUGUACUUCAUUACUGGUUUGUUUCCUCCUCUGAUCAUGAUCUUGAUAGCAUAUAUCUUCUUAAAGUAUGUAGCUGAAUGUUCUUUGUGACGUUUGUUUGUCAGCCCCCCCCCCAAAAAAAACAAAAAACACAAACAAAACACAGCAUUUUUAUGGCAUCCUGACUUUUUUAUUUUUACAUACACACACUGUUGUCUGGAAAAGUAUGAAGAAGACAAACUGCUGCAGCAGACCUCCUCAUUUUAAGCUUAAACCAGUGUGCACUGUCACUUCAAUCUAACUAUUUAAUGUAAGAAAAGCUUUAAAAUUGUAUUUAGAUUUUUUUUUAUACGUAAAUCCAGUAUGUAAAGAAAAGUUUGUUUAUUUUGUGUGAAAUUAUUUAGAUUUAUUUAUAUUUUUUGUAUAACCA